AUGGACAAGCCACUGGGCCCUCGCCAACAACCAGACAAACGAAAUGCAGCCUAUGAAUCGAUCUUCGGUCGCCCUAGUGCCUCGCACCACCAUCUGCAGCCGCCUUCUAGCUUCUCUCAGGCUUAUAGUACCCCUCCGCUGCUGGGCCAGCAUUUACCUUAUCAGCAACCGUACCAGGCACAGGUCGACAGGAGGGCAUCCUUUACCCCUUCUUUGGUGCCCUCGCCACAGAUUCCAGUUCUUUCCAACCAACAAUUGCCCACGAAUCCAAAUUUCAGGCAGUCUUACUAUCCACCAUCCCAACCUCAAGCCCAGCUUCCCCAGGGACUGCCUUCAAGCCCAUAUCCGGCUCACCACCAUCACCACCAUCACCAUUCACCCCCGCCCAAUCUUGUUGCUCCCCAUUCCGACCACCAUGGCCGUGCAAACUCUGUGGCAAGCACCAGUCACUCUUCGAACAUUGGAAUAAUACAGCCACCGCCAGAGGAACCCGUUCAAACGCAAAACGGCCUUACCCCAGCUCAAGUUUAUCGCGCCCAAGUUUCUCUGAAUAGCCCCAACGAUUCUCAAGGAGACUGGAGCCGCUUCCGAAAUCCUUCAGAGCGCCAGCCUGCGCCUUCAUAUCAGGAUCCGCCUCGCAUUGGUGUCGAUCUCGACCCAGAUGAUGGGAAGCUAGGGAUUGAUUUUGGACAAGGCAGCAAUUCCAGUGAGCAGAGCACGGAUGAUGGGAGCAGUGAGCUACCGUGGGCAGUCCAGGAGCGUACUUCAUCACCACCGUCCUCUAAGGUGCCCCUUAGCCCGCGAUUUUCCAUUGAUUCAGACCACUCGUCUCGACACCCUCUCCAAGUUCAAACCAAUAUGCCAUCUGACUCGGCCGUCCUCAGCGCGAAGACAUCUCCUACUUCGUCGACCACAGCUGAUUACACUUCAAUACUAUCCUCUUCGGCAUAUGUCACGGGAAGACGUUCCUCGGAUUCUGCGCGUACAAUGCCCAGACUGAUGGGACCGCGGCGGGAGCGCGGGCCACAGGAUCGCUCAAUGUCAAUGUCCGCAGCUUCGCUACGACCUACGUCUACUUCUCGCCCGCCUAUACCAAAUCAUCAGGGCCGUGACUCUCCUACAUCAAUACGACUUCCCGUCCGCAAGACCCCAAUAGUCUAUCCUGCUCUUCUUUCAUGCGUGGCCGAAGCCUUUCGCGAACGCAUAUUAGUUGGGGAUCGAGUGAAGGACGGAUUGACGUAUAAGAACUCCUUUGAUGGGCGCGAAGCUGUCGACAAAAUCGCGUACAUCAUCAAAACGACGGAUCGAAAUCUUGCUUUACUUCUUGGCCGAUCCCUUGACGCGCAGAAAUUCUUUCACGACGUAACGUAUGACCAUAGACUAAGGGAUAGUUCGAACGAAUUGUAUCAAUUUCAGACGAGGGUGCGGAGUCCGUUCACAAGCGGAGAGCUAGAGAAUGGGGCAGAACAGGGAAGCGGGGAUGAAAAGAACGCCAAACCUCCAGAGGAUGACUCUGGUUCCCCCUCACCUGCAGGCUCUUCUACGCCUCAGAUUCAGCAACAACAAGACGGUGCCUUGCCCUCGGUUGAUGAGAUUACUGCCCUGCCCACUGGAGUCUUCACACUUCUGACUGAUUGUUAUUCCCCAACGUGCUCAAGAGACCGACUCUGCUAUAGUAUUGCAUGUCCAAGGCGUCUUGAGCAGCAAGCAAGAUUGAAUAUGAAACCGCAGCCCGGAUUGUCGAAACAGAUCAGCAGAGAAAGUUUGGGUGAUGUUCCGGAUGCCGGGACACUCUGGAUUCAUUCGGUGCCGCCGGAAAUCGUGAACAGCGUCUCCGACACGGAAAAGAAACGGCAAGAAGCCAUCAACGAGGUCAUCUACACUGAACGUGACUUCGUACGCGACCUGGAGUAUCUUCGAGAUGUCUGGAUAAAUCAGCUGAAGGAUUCGGAUAUCAUCGCGGCCGAACGACGAACUGACUUCUUAGAGCAAGUGUUUUGGAAUAUCCACGAUAUCAUCGCCGUCAACACUCGCCUGCGAGAUGCUCUCAACAAACGGCAGAAGUCGUAUGCAGUAGUAGAACGUAUAGGUGAUAUACUACUGGAUGCCGUCCCGCACUUUGGGCCGUUCGUGUCAUACGGUGCGCAUCAGUUAUAUGGCAAGUACGAGUUUGAAAAGGAGAAGAACUCGAAUCCCGCUUUUGCUCAGUUUGUUGAGAUGACUGAGCGCUUACCGGAAUCGCGUAAACUCGAGCUCAACGCGUAUCUAACCAAGCCUACGACCCGUCUUGCUCGAUAUCCGUUGCUGCUCCAAGCCGUGUUGAAACAUACGCCAGAGGAUAGCCCGGACAAGAUCAUCCUCCCGAAGGUCAUUGCGUUGGUGAAAGAGUUCUUGGGUAAGGUGAACGCGGAGUCCGGGAAGACCGAGAACCGGUUCAACCUUCUUCAGCUCGAGCAACAGCUCUUCUUUAGGCCUGGCGAAGAAGUGGAUUUGCGGCUCAAAGAGGAAGGAAGGCAGUUAAUAUACAAGAAUCCACUUAAUAAACGCGAUGGCGAAAUCCAGGUGUACCUCUUCGAUCACGCCCUUCUGUUUGCCAAGGCUGUGAAGACGAAACAACAUGAACAGUACAAGGUGUACAGACGCCCUAUACCACUGGAAUUACUUCUCAUCUCAGCUCCUGAAGAUGCUGCUAAUGCAACCGUACGCUCGCAGAACCACCGAAACCGCGGGCUUGUUAAGCGCGCCUCUUUCAACGGCAAAGUCAGCCCCAAUGUACCAGCCGCGAAGUCGGAGUCCAAAGGCUCUCAUUGGAUCACGUUCAUGCAUCUGGGGCGCAAGUACUAUCAUCUGACGCUGUGGGCGACCUCGGCGAUGGGUCAACGCAAGUGGCUGGAGAAUAUAUAUAAGCAACAGCAAGUGAUGCGUGAACGAAGCAUGAUAUUCGAUACAGUGACUCUUAGCGAGGGCUUCUUCUCCGGGCCGACGAACAAAGUCAAUUGUGCAGCUCCGUUUAACGGUGGCCGUUGCGUAGUGUACGGUACAGAUGAUGGGGUGUAUAUAUCCGACUUGAUGGUCAACAGAGAACCAGUGAAGGUUCUUGGACUGUUGGAAGUAGCUCAAGUCGACGUUCUAGAGGACUAUCAACUUCUGAUCGUUCUUUCAGAGCGUCAAGUGAUCACGUUCCCUCUGGAUGCUCUGGACCCCAACGACCCAGUUGCUGGAUUGAAACGUGCGAAGCGUAUCUCGUCCCAUACUUCCUUCUUCAAGGCGGGAUACUGCUUGGGCAAAGUUCUUGUCUGCAUAGUCAAAUCCAGUCAACUUUCCAGCACCUUCAAAACCUUGGAACCUAUUGAUCAGAACAUUCGGGGUCGCAGCAAGCCGACGUUUCGAAAGCUGCUUCAAGGUGGCAAUGAUACGCUUAAGAUGUUUAAAGAGUUUUAUAUACCUGUCGAAUCGACGUCCAUCCAUUACCUCAAGACGAAGAUGUGCGUCGGAUGUUCGAGGGGCUUCGAGAUCGUAGAUCUUGAAAGUCUGGACACGCAAGGGUUGCUUGACCCUCAAGACGAAUCUUUGGAUUUCGUGCGGAAGAAAGAGAACCUACGCCCAAUGGCUAUUUACAGAAUUGGCAACGAGUUCCUCCUUUGCUACGACGAGUUUGCAUUCUAUGUCAACAAGAACGGACGGCGAUCACGGAAAGAUUUCAUGGUUUACUGGGAAGGACUGCCGUCAGGCUUUGCCCUCCACGAACCUUAUGUUCUCGCCUUCGAACCUUCUUUCGUCGAGAUUCGACACAUUGAGACAGGUCUCCUUUCUCAAGUCAUCCAGGGAAACAACCUCCGCCUCCUGUUUGCUGAUACGCCUCCGUCCGUCUCCAAUAACCACCACUACGCAAGCUCUGUUGAGUAUGGCUACAACCCCUACGCCGCUUCCACCAACUCCUAUGGCAGCCGUCAAUCUGCCUAUAACGCCUAUGGUGUUCCUCCGCAACAGAUGCCAUACCCGAAUCUGAAUCAAUAUCCUCGACCUCCUCAGGGAGUAGGGAGAGAUGAGAUCCUCAUUGUAUCCGACGAUCGUGUACUAGCUUUGCGACCGGCAGCUGGUCUGCACCGGUUCAUGGGCGAUAACUUGUCACAAGUAUCCAUUCCACGUUGA